AAGCAACCAAAUAUGUCAGACCAAGAAAACAAAGACCUGACUCGCCCAUAGCUCUGUUUAUUCACAACAGCUCAAAGAAACAAGCCUACCAACAAAGAACCCACCUUUGCUUCCCUCCUUUUCAUAUAAAGACACCCAAAAGGCUAAAACCUUCUCAAUUCUCACGUCCAUUUGAGAUUUCAGAUUCUGGGUUUCGAUUGGAUUGGAAUUUUACCUCAGAAAGUCAGAAACUUUGGAUUGAACCAAGGAGAAAUAAGGAGAUGGGUGAGGUGGCGGCAGCUUCAUCGUCUUCGUCGACUUCAAUCUUCACCAACUACCCUCUUCUCUCUUCUCUAAUCGCUUUCGCAACAGCCCAGCUCAUCAAGCUCUUCACCACCUGGUACAAGGAAAGAAGAUGGGAUAUUAAGCAACUUAUUGGAUCCGGCGGAAUGCCAUCAUCUCAUUCUGCGACUGUUACUGCUAUUGCUGCAGCCAUUGGGUUUCAAGAGGGUGUUGGUGGAUCACUUUUUGCAAUUGCACUGAUCUUAGCAUGCGUCGUGAUGUAUGAUGCAACUGGUGUAAGAUUACAGGCUGGACGCCAAGCAGAGGUUCUGAAUCAAAUUGUGUAUGAACUUCCUUCUGAGCAUCCUCUGGCUGAGAGCAGACCACUGCGUGAACUUCUUGGCCACACACCCCCUCAGGUUAUUGCUGGUGGAAUUCUUGGAAUUGUCACAGCGACCAUUGGCCAUUUUAUAAUCUUGACUGCUAGUCAUACGUGAUGCCCAAAUGGGUUGACAUCCACAUAGAUAGUGAUACAAUGUAACAGGAUCUCUUAGUGUCACAUCUCCUUUUAUAUGUUUGGAUUGCACAUUUGCAGAUCCCUCAUCAUAUGCGUUUUAUUCGUUGCCAAAAUUGAAUAUAGGUCUUCCUGUCCAUAAUCCAAUUAGCAUGCCCUUGCAUUUUGUAUAAACGCUAGAUUGCUGAUAAAAUUUGAUCGACUUGAUAGCUUUUCGUGAUGAAA